GUCAAAUAUUUUUGGUUAAGUUAACUCCCUUUGUUUUUCAUAUAAGUUGAAUAAUAAGAUAAGAAGAACAAUGAAAUUGAUGAGAAACUGCUAUAAUAAAUAAUAAUAACCAUCAUAUGUGACUCAGGAAUUAAUGAUGUCAUAUAGUGAAUCAAAAGAAAUUUUAAAACAGCUCCGAUUCUUAUCAUUAUGUGUUGAUAGAAAAUGUAAAAAACUACUGAUAUCUGCACCAAACUCCAUUUCCUUAAAAGAACAACUAUUGAAACUGUGUGACUCGAUCAAAAAGAAUUGUGACGAAUUUGAGAAAGUCCUUCGAGGUGGAGUACCUGACCUUAUUGUAAAUCUGAAUCUAUUGGAUAUUAUUGGACCGCAAAGGUGCCAGUAUUUGAAGGAUUAUGAAGUGGAGAAGUUCAAAAAGGAUUUAGAAAGGUUUUCUAAAAACUAUCUAACGGAUUCAAGUGAUCCUGUGCUGGGUAACCUCUAUCAGUUAUUUUAUUCUGACCAGAAUACUAGCAGUGCUGAUUCUUCAAUAAAUCAAAAUGUUACAAGCAGCCCAAAUGUUGAUUCUGCAGUUAGAGAAAUCUUCGGUUCAGACAUUGAGGACCUUAAUUCAAGUCCUUCUACUGAUCGACGGUCGUCACUGGAAAGAACAAAAGUUGCUGAUACUUCUACAGAAAAGGUUCAUAUAAUCUCACAAGUAUCAUUACCGAAUCUAAUAGAUACUUCACUUCCAUCUGUUGAUGAAUUGGAAGCCGCAGAAGAAGCAGCAAAUAUCGGAGACGGUGCAAAUGAAAGUGUAGUAGGUCAAAUAAGCAAAGACCCAUUGCUUGUAGAAAAAAAUCUCUCAGAUUCCAAAGAAGGAUCAUCUGCAGCCACCCCUUCUCAUGAUAUAGAUCCAACAAAUUCUGAGACAAUAAAUGCUGCGAAUCCGUCAGAUUUGGAAAAAGAUGACUUGGAAAAAAUUUCUUCAGACCAGACUUGUCAACCAAAAGUUACUGAACUGCCAUCCCCUGGUCAAGGGGAACUUGAAGAAUGUACAACAGGUUUGGGUGCCCCUGAAUCUGCCAAGGAGGAUCUAGAGAACGUAGGAGAUUGUAGAGAAUUAGCUCUUCUCACAAGUACUAAUUCUAAUUUUAAUGACAUUUCCGAUCCGUCUGAGAAACAUGAAAAUUCACAAGCUGAAAGUGACAAGAUUUCUUCAGAGUUGCUCGAAGAAAAUAAAGAACAGGUCGACGGUGAUGAUAGUUCGCAAAGGCUUAUCAUUGAUGAGGAUAGUAUCGACAUAAAAUCCGAUGGCGACCCAGCCACUAAAGAACAAAACGAAGUGAAUUUGGAAGUUGAAGAGAAAAUAAUUCAAGAUGAAACUUUGGAUCAUUCGGAAAUGAACGUGAAUGAAGAAAAACUUGAUGCUACACAGGAUGUGAAUUUGGAAGUUGAAGAGAAGAUAAUUCAAGAUGAACCUUUGGAUCAUUCGGAAAUGAACGUAAAUGAAGAAAAACUUGAUGCUACACAGGAUGUGAAUUUGGAAGUUGAAGAGAAGAUAAUUCAAGAUGAACCUUUGGAUCAUUCGGAAAUGAACGUAAAUGAAGAAAAACUUGAUGCUACACAGGAUGUGAAUUUGGAAGUUGAAGAGAAGAUAAUUCAAGAUGAACCUUUGGAUCAUUCAGAAAUAAACGUAAAUAACGAAGAACAUGAAGUGAAUUCGGAAGUCGAAGAGAAAUUAAUUCACGAUGAAUCUUUGGAUCAUUCUGGAAUAAACGUAAAUAACAAAGAACAACAUGAUGCUCAACACGUUGAAGUCGCCGAAACAAAAACUGAGGAAAAAGAUUCUCAGUGUGUAACAGUAGAAUCUGCUAUUGAAAGUUUGCAAUCUGAAGGUAGCAACAAAGAGACGAAUGAUGCAGAUGGUAAACAUUGCAAAGAAAGUGAUGGGCGUAGUAGUCAAGUUUCAACUGCCGAUACUGAAAAUUCGAAUCCAGUUAACACCAAUGAAGCUGAAAAUGACAGGGAAAAGAAUAAAUUCUUUGCGGACCUCGGCCUGUCCAAAACCCCAAACUAUGAUAAAAUUCGAUCGAUCAGGGACGAACUAAUGGCGAUUUUCGCAGAGGUGAAUUGUCAAGAGGACAAUCACGGUGUCAUGAGAGAAGUGGCCGAUACUCACGACACAAGCUCUGAUAGCAGUGACGAUGAGGACAAGUAUAGCGACAGUAAGGUGGCUGCUGCUCUGAGGGAACUCGAGGAAGAUUCGGACACCGACAUAGAGAUGCCGUCAGAAACUGACUUGGAUAUGUCGAGCUUCGAUGUAGAUUCAUUCCUGAGCGACCUCGAAGAUGUCGUUGAGUCAAAUCCUCGGGAUAAACCAAAUCGUUCCUUCGAUAGCUUCGUACAAAAAAAAUGCAGCGUUAUACUUGAAAGGAGAGACUUGGAAAUGAUGCGAAAGGAAAUAAUUUCCCAGAAAUCCACCGAAUCAGUAAGAAAAUCUUCGAGAAAAAACUGCUAUGUGGUCUUAGAACUAAUGAACAUCUAUCAACAGAUGGAGAACAACACUGCGGAGAACAAUAGUCGAGAAUGCGAAUUUAAAGAGUGUUCAGUGUUGUUGGAACCUCUGAGAACCGAUGAAAAAAAUUCAGAAGCUGAUGUGGUCAGAAAAACGGUGGAUGAGGACGCUGAAAUAAACAGGUUAUGUCAGUUGUCGACGCUGGAAAAUAAGCGAAAAGCAGUGGACGAUAAAUCAGUCAGGCGAAAGAUAAAACGAAGAAGAAGAAAGAUAGACUUGAGUGGAUCGGAAACGUCGGAUCUGAGUGGAUACACCACCGUGUCUGAUGAUGAGCUGCAGAAGGAAAGAUUGCUGAAAGUCGACGAGGACUACGACGAUAACAUUCCCAUCGAUCCAAACACUUUACUGGCAGAGAUCGUUUGUCAUACGAUACACGACAGUGAUAGCGAUUCCUCCACUGCACUAUCGAGUGAUGAUGAGGAACAAAGAUCUAAAAAAAGAAAAAGCAGCGACUGCAGUAAAAAGCAGAAUGAAGAGGGAACGAGGAAGGAGAAAGAACCGUCUUGGAAGGACGAUCCACUUCUCAGGGGUAGUCUGAACGCGCCCUCCGACAGAGAAAAGAAGGCUGGGGAGACGAGCAGGAAGAGACUUCACAGCAGCGAUGGCGAGGAGGAAUGUAAUAAGAAAAAGAGAAUUAGAACAAGUACCUUGAGCAAGUAUCUGGAUCCAAAUUACAGUGAUUCUUCCACUUACGAUUCGUCAGAUGAUUUUGAAGACACUCCCAAAAUCGGAACAAAUAAGAAAAAACCAACAAAUGACGAUUCAGAUAUUGAAUAUAUUGGUUCGACUAGCAGUAACAUAAUCAAUAUUGAUUCCGACGAAGAGACUGAAAAAAAAAAUUGCAGGAGGAAUAUUUUAUCUGUGUUAUCAACUAAAAGCUUGACUGAAAGUACGCAAAAAGCUGCCGAAGAAGAGGAAGCCAGGGUUAUGAGACUUGAGGAACAGAGGCAUAUGAGAAGUUCGCAGGAAACGACUGGCUCAGAAGAGGGAGGUUUAGUUUUAGACGUGUCUAAAGAUGGUUCCAAAAUUGUAGUGGAUCCCAAUCUGAGCAAAAAGUUAUUCGCCCAUCAGGUAGACGGUAUAAAAUUCAUGUGGGAUGCCUGCUACUUGAGUGUAGACACUUUGGCGACAUUCCAGGGAACCGGCUGUAUAUUGGCUCAUAACAUGGGCCUGGGAAAAACGUUGCAGGUGGUCGCUUUGGUACAUACCUUAUUCAAUCAUCCUGUCACUAAAACCAAACAUGUCCUGGUGGUGUGUCCCUUGUCGACGGUUUCGAGUUGGAAAAAAGAAUUCUUGAACGCUUUGAAAAUAGUUCAAUGUAAGAAGGACAUCAAAAUAUUCACAAUCGAGAGUAAAGAUGAUUCUAGGACGAAGUCCCUCAUGGUCUUACGUUGGAGGAAUAUGAAAGGGGUACUAAUAAUUGGGUAUGAAGCCUUUUCUAGAUUGACCAAACAUGAUACGUCCGCGUUCGUGAAGGAGGCUCUCGUUGAUCCAGGUCCGGAUCUGGUUGUUUGCGACGAGGGCCAUCUGUUGAAAAACGGCAAGGCUCUGCGGACGAGGGCUCUGAUGGAGAUACGAACAAAACGGAGAAUUGCCCUGACCGGAACGCCACUGCAGAACAAUUUAGGGGAAUAUUAUCAUAUGGUGCAGUUUGUGAAACCUAACCUGUUGGGAACGAAGAAAGAAUUCAGCAGGCAGUUCAUCAACCCAAUCAUGAACGGUCAGUACGAAAACUCCCGCGAACAAGACAUCACUUUGAUGAAGAAAAGGACGCACGUGUUGCACAGGCUCUUGAAGAAUACAGUACAGAGAUACGAAGCUACAGAGCUUCAAAAGUACCUGGAGAACAUGAAGGACUACGCGUUGUUCAUCCAACUCCACCCCCUGCAAGAGAAACUGUACAGGUCCUACUUGGAGAUGGCCAGGGGAAGGGUGAACGACAAUUUGAAGAAGACCAUCAAGUCGUUCUUCGUGGACUAUCAGAUAUUGAAGUAUAUCUGCUCGCAUCCGCAACUUCUACACACGAUGGAAGCUCAGAACAUCCAAGGGAAAAAGGGCGCCGCCAUCAAGGAGCACGAGGUGAUCUUCGACGAGCCGGAAGUGCACGAGGUCGAGGGAGUGCCGGAGGAUUGGUGGAAGGGCGAAUGUUCCGACGAGAUAAAGACGAACAUCGAAUUCGGUACCAAACUUCAGGUUAUGAUGGGCAUCAUCGAGGAAGCCGAGAAGAAGGGGGAAAAAGUUCUGAUAUUCAGCAGCAGCUUGGUUGAAUUGAGCAGCGUCGAAUUCUUCCUGAAACUCAGGGGCACCCCCAGCUGUUCGAAUUGGAAAUCCAAAGUGGACUAUUUCAGGAUGGACGGUACCGUGCCUCCGUCGGUCAGAACGACCAUGUGCGAUCUGUUCAACGACGAGAGUAACCGAACAUUGAGGGUGUUUUUGAUGUCGCACAAAGUAGGCGGGUUAGGUUUGAAUUUAGUGGCCGCCAAUAGGGUCAUACUACUCGGGGCUAAUUUCAACCCAUCCCUCGACACUCAGAGCAUCUAUAGGGCGUACAGAUUUGGACAGAAGAAAAACGUGUGCAUCUAUAGACUCCUGUCGAUGGGUACGAUGGAGGAGAAGAUCUACCACAGGUGCGUGACGAAGCUGGCCGUCGCGUCCAGGGUGGUCGACAAGCAUCAGAUCGCCAGGCACUAUAAGAAUUUAGAUCUGGAAGGUCUGUAUAAGGUCGACAUAGAUCUGUCGUUGCAGAGGACCACCCCCGCCAAGCCGGACGACGACAUCCUGUCGGCCAUUCUGCUGAAAUUCGACUGUAUAUACAAGUACCACCAUCACCAGAAACUGCUGGAGAAUAGGCCGGACGAGGAGCUGAACGAGGAGGACCAGAAGAAGGCGUGGGAGGAAUUCGAACAGAUGAACGAAAAAGAAAGAAAUCCUCCCGCGCCUCCCGCUUUUCCCAGUAUACCGAAUAUUGUUCAAAACGUGUGGAACCAAAUUAACAAGUCUCAACUACCUGUUCCUAUGGCACCAGCUGACCCUGCCCGAAGUAGUGGACAAAGUCUUCCAGGUACCAGUAUGUCGUCCAAUCCCCCUCCUAAGGCAGUCGCUCGUAGACUGUCGAUGAACGGGGCCCAAGAGCAAUCUUCCGCCUUGGAUCUGUCGGCAGAGGGCGCCAAAAACCGACCGACGGUAAGCGGCCAACAACAGGUCUCGAACGGGAUGCCUCCGCGUCUGAUCCCGAUCGAUAAGAAGAAGGUAAACGGCGUCAUCGGCCACUUGAGAAAGGUAAACGUCGAUCCGAGGAGAAAAACCGUCACGGGCGUCGAAAACGUCAGAAACGUCAACGUCAACGCGCAGAACGGAAAACCGAAGGCGACCGCGAUCGGCCCUAACCCCUUCGUGCUCGCCAGUAUGAACCGCAGGAAGGGAGACGCGGCAACGUCGACCGCCACCAAGCCGAACUGGAGGACGUCGUCCUCUGACGAUUUCCAGAAGUCUGCCGCAAAAUUGCAGCUGAACUGGGGCAAAAGAACGGUCGAUACGGCCGCACGGACCAAGAAUAAUAAUAAGGAACUUGUAGUGAUCGAUAUUUCGGAGGAUACGAACGACAAGGAGGCGUACGGCGACACGAUCGAGAAGCAGAUCGAGGCGCUCCGUGGAAGGAAUCUGACGGUCACGAAAAAACCAACGAUGCGAAGGGAAGUAACGCCGGCUGUUAUAGAUAUUACAUAGAUGGUUUCGAUGCCGUUAUUUCCAGAAAAAAGGGGAUGAAUUAGUUCCAACGUGAUAAAAUAGGUUAAGGACAAACAAAACUGAAUGUAUAUUUCCAUUAGGUAAAGUUGAAUAACGAUAUAGAGAGUUUUUCAUUUCAAUAAAUAUGUCGUUGAAACUCACAGUUGGGUACUGAAGGAUCAUUCAUCACAAAGACAGAAUGAUCUCUCCAUAUCUUGCCCUCCAAAAAAGUUAAACCUUUAUUAUUAUAUUUUUAUUUAUUCAUAUGCGAUGUUUAUACAAAUGUCAAUAUUUACGAUUAAAUUCUUUAAAAAAAUCAA